AUGAUUUGCAAUCAUGACACAUUUAAGAUGUUUACCAUUAAAAAAAUAAUUUAUGAAAAUGAAAACUAAAAAAUUUACAUGGCUAACAUGAAAGAUAGAUUCACAAUGAUUGUACUUAAAGUGGAAAUGGGUGAUAAAAAACAUCUGUACACGCAGUACAAAAUACUUGAUUUUUUGAAAUUUGUGUUGGGAGUGCCGUAAGUACUGAACUGUGGUUUUACUUCGGAUGAAAAGUUUUACUAUUCCAUAGACUUCUACGACAAAUCAAUCUCAGAUAUUUUGAAGAAAUACGGAACUCUAAGCUUAUAAUCAGUGCUAUCUAUAGGAUUAUCUUUGCUUAGAAUUUUAAGUGCCAUUCACCGAUAAGAAAUAAUCUACAGCAAUCUCUGUCCCGAAAAUAUUGUAUUUUCAAAAGAUGGUCUUGAUCAUGACUCGAAAAUUCAUUUAAUAGGCUUUGGUUAAGCAUUUUUAAAAUAUGACAAACCAAAAAAAAUGUACAAUUAAAACUUUUUGCCCUAUCAAUCCUGCCAAUCUCAUAAUAAUCGCACCCCUUACAAGAAGGACGAUUUAGAAAGUUUGGGCUAUCUAUUAAUAAAAUUAAGAAAAGGAACCUUACCCUGGGAAUCAUUGCCUCAGUAAUUGAUGGGAAAGAAGAAAAUCGAAUGUUUAAAAUCAAACGAAGUGUUUAAGGGACUUCCUUACGAAUUUAGAUUGUAUUUUAAAUAACUCGAAUAAUAUAAUGACGAGCCAAAACAUUAAUAUUUUAUUAAAUUACUAAAUGCUAUAAUGCUAAAAUAUUGCAAGACGACACGACAUUGUAUUUAAGAACUAAAUUAAUUAACUCCAAUAUCUGAAGCUUUGGAUGAAACCAAUUAAUCAAUAGAUAGUUUUUAGCUUUCUCGACGUACUGCUAAUGUGAGUAGUGUAAAUUUAUUAACAUACACUGAACUAGACUCCUCUAUUGAAGAAAAGUUAAAGAAACUCGAGUUGAUUUCUAAAUAAUAUAAACUAAUCAGUAACUUAUGA